AUGGCACUCAAGCAGCCCAUCAAGACCACCUCCAAUACCACCGCACCCUCGCAAUCAACGACCCUCCAACUCCCACCUCCGCAGACAUUUGAGUUGCUCCCGCCACUCCAUGAACUCCUCGCGCGCAUCGAGGUCUACAACAACCAGCAAUCCACCUCCCUCGACCAGCUUUUCGCACCCGAAGAGAGCACCGACAUUGGCAGUAACUAUGCUGAGAUCCAGCCUCUGAACCCAAAGGACUUACCAACGGCUGCGCUUGACAUCAAGUCGCGCGUGAGGGGUGCCCAGAGGGAGGUGGAGAAGCUGCCUGACAUUGACAGGACAGUCGAGGAGCAGGACGAGGAGAUCAGGGAGCUUGAGGAGAAGAUUGCCAAGCAGCAUGCUAUGCUGAGUCGCUUGGGAGAGGUUGCGAAGGGACUGGCUGAGAAGGUCACAUGA